GCCUACUAUUCAGAACGAAGUUCUUGUUUCAUUGAUUUUCUUUCAGUGAGCGGCUAGGACUAGGUCUUUGUCUUUCAUCUAAUUAUUUCUGUGUGUUGUAUGAAGUGUUGCUAAUAAUAACAUGUGCCGCCCUCUGCAGCGGUGCAACCAUGACCCCGUGUAGUACUUACCCAACUGGCCUGGUCGGGCUCGAUCGUUUGUAACACCGAUGGCAACGGCGCAAUAUGUGGUAGGACAAAUAGCGGUCAACACUGCCUUGGCUCUGUAUCUGACUUACUUCUUGCCCCAAAUAAUCUACAACCAAUGGGCCAUCUCGUUUCCGCCACCGGGACAGAAGUCCACGACUGUGAAGCAAAUCUCGCUGCUCACUCAGCUUCUACAGUUCCUGACGAGUUGCGUAGACCUCGUGUACGGCCUGGCCGGGGUUCCGCAGUGGCAGUAUUGGCUGGUAUCGGCUGUGUCGCUGCUGUGUCUCAGCAUCCAAGAAAUCCAGAUCCUCCACGUGCGGUUGCGCAUCCAGCAGGGAGGUCGUAGUGACGUAGACCCUGAGACGGGAACGUAUCAACACGGAGAAAAACUUGUGUCAGUGCUGGUCAGAGUUGGUUUAUCACGCUUCAUCUUUUGCAUGGAUUGGGAACUUCCGGCGCGGGUGCUCAUCUGGGUGUGGCCGAAUUCGUGCGGGAUAGACAAACGAGACCGAUGAAUAUUUUUUUUCUCUCCCCUUGCUGGGAAUCAGUACUACUACUACUACUACUAGUAAAAAAUCAUGACUGUAUGCGCUCCCGCUCACCAUCACUGUGCCCGCGCCCUUGAUGUUGCACUUGCAGGAAAGCGAAAAAGUGAAAGGUAUUCGUUGUGAACGAAAACAAAAGCAUUUAUCGGAAAAAAGAGCCGCACUACACACCACGACUGCCACUGAGAGCACAAAGUUUCGCUUUCAUAAACAGUUGCCGCUGACGAGGACAAGAGGAGAGGAGCAGGGGCUUUUACAGGAGUCGCAGCCACAAGCAGCAGACGAACAAUUCUUGCAGCUAAACGACGGGGCGCCGAGCGAUAAGAAAGAGGGGCGAACAAGUGGACGCGUGAGUUAUACCGAUGCGGGAGGGCGGAACGUCGAAUCCGUGCCGGUCUGCCUUGUCGUGUCGCACGGGGUGACGACCGCACUAAUGCUGUGCGGCAGUCUGAUCGUGACCAUAGGGCGGUUUCAAAUUUCGACCGCCGGUGUUGAUUCGCUCGGGUUUAUCGAAACGGCACUAUACCUGCUCACGUGGGUAUCAUGAGUGAAGAGCACGCCACUACACUGGAAUAGGGAAGCAAGUUUAUCUGGCGAACAGCGUGCAACUUUCCGUCUAAACAGACAAAGCAACUCUCUGAACGUGCCGACCACACGGCAAUCAGUGCUCAUUGAUGCAUUUGUUUUGUAGGUGUCACGAGAAGAAGUUCUAUGAAGGGUUGUAUUUUUCGCUCCAUAGUAGAAUGAUUUAUUUGCUGCAGUAAGAGUAACUUCUACUCUAGACCUAUUCCAGAAGGUGCUGUGUUUUCUCAGGACACUGGUUGCCCCAAGUCUAUUGGAAUUGGCGCAACAAGAACGGCGACGCGUACUCGGCAGUAUUCCUGGCUAUGCAGUGGCUUGCCUGUGUUUGCGAUCUGGUGACCGCCUUCUGCGUGUCCGAUUAUCCUUUACCAAGCAAAAUCACCCCUUGGUUUUUGUUGGCUAUCGUAUCUGUCCACCUAGGCCAGAAGCAUUAUUACAGGGGCCGGCGGCACAGAGAGCAAAACGAGGUAACAAGGGCGUCGGGGGCUCAUUGCUCUUUCUCUGUCUCCUAGCACAUAAGACGUGCGGAGCGUUACGCGAGGAGCCCGUAUCGCCGAAGGUUGACAAAAGAACCCUCCGCAGCGUUCUUCGUAGAUGAGUUCUGAUUCAUAUAUGUGAUGAUUAUCAUACAUGAGUAGAAGUACAAGUAGCGUAUUUGCCUCCGUAUUUCUUCUGUCGCCUGUGGCUUUUCCACAGCUCUCACGGCGAAGAGGUAUUCUAGAAUGAAGUACGCUUUCCAGGUGUUUUUUCGCGCGUUUUUGCGAAGAAGAGCUCCCCCCGCAUUUUCUCAUUGUGGGUUUCUGACUGGAUGUAAUAUCGCAACAGGGAGGCUCAGGCUUUUGACUCCAAGAGCUGGCAUCUUUAAGCCAGAAACAUCGAAGCUACGAAGUUGAGAAAACAUCGGCAUAAAGCAUAGUCACAACGAUUUUCUUCGCCAGUCGAG